AUGCUCCCUCCGUCUCUAUACACCAUGUAUCCUACCGCUCUCCCGACUCCGCCACCGUCGCCGCCCACCGUUGCCAGAUCGGUCGCGCCUGAAGAACGAUUGGGAAUAUUGCUGGCUAACCGCCUGAAACUGACUGGUAUCCUGGGGGUAGGUGCUUAUGGGGUUGUCUACACUGCUGUCGAUAUCCACACCCAGGUCAUGUAUGCCGUCAAGGCCCUCAACAAAACCGGAGACCCCCGCCAGCUCAAGUACCAACAACGGGAGAUCAGAUUGCACCACAUGGCCAGCAAGCACCCCAAUGUCGUUUCCCUCGUUAGCAUUAUGGAUGCCCCGGAUUGUACCUAUGUGGUUCUUGAUUACUGUCCCGAGGGUGAUCUCUUCUCUUCCAUUACCGACAAGGGUUUCUUUGUCGGAAAUGACGCCCUGGUCAAGCGCAUUUUCCUCCAGAUCCUGGAUGCUGUCCAAUUCUGCCACUCCUUAGGAAUUUACCAUCGGGAUCUCAAACCGGAGAACAUUCUGGUUACCGACCAGGGCAUGACGGUUAAGUUGGCCGAUUUUGGUCUUGCUACCACGGACUAUCUUUCGCCGGAUUUUGGUUGCGGUUCCACAUUUUACAUGUCACCAGAAUGCCAACAACAGAAUCCCUGUCCCAUGACUUGCUACGCUGCCGUCCCUAACGAUGUUUGGAGCCUGGGGGUUAUCCUGGUCAAUCUGACCUGCGGACGUAAUCCAUGGAAACGUGCUUCCAUCGAGGAUCCCACAUUCCGCGCAUACCUAAAGGACCCGUUCUUCCUCAAGACCAUCCUUCCCCUGUCCAAUGAGAUGAUUUUCGUCUUGAGUCGCAUCUUCGAUUGUGAUCCCGCCCAGAGGAUUACAAUUCCGGAGCUGCGCCGCUUGGUCCUGGAUUGUCCGCGGUUUACAAUGACUCCUGUCACGCCGUGGGUUUCCAACGGUGCUCCUACUCAGCAUCCCCCAUUCGUCCUCCCCCAGGUUCCGGCAUCCGUUCCCGUUCAACCCCUUAUGGCUCCGCAUGCGUCCGCUUCCUCGUCGGAUACCUCCUCUUCUUCCUCCAACUCCUCUGGUUUCUCUGAUGCCGCUUCCGAUAUCACUUCCCUGACUGAGGACUACUCCGAUCUGGAUGCUUUAUCCGCGGUGUCAUCGGCGGCCGGGUUUGAUCCGGACAUGGACUGCCCCAAGGACUUCCCUUGCAAACCGGAAAUGUUCAAGUGCGAUGACAGCCCAGAGGCCUUCUACAUGCCCUUUGUGCCGUUUGGGCCUACCGUUUCCACCAUUUCCGCCUGUUAG